AUGCCCAACCUUCUGAGAGAGAUCCACGUCCUCCAAUCCCACAUCUCAGACACCUCUGUGGUUGUCAAGCUGGACAACAGCCAGGACCUGAACAUGGACUGCAUCAUUGCUAAGAUCAAGGCACAGUAUGACGACAUUGUCACCUGCAGCUGGGCCGAGGCUGAGUCUUGGUACCACAGCUGUCUGCCAGAUGUGAAGGCCAUGGUGAUCAGGCAUGGGGAGACUGUGGGCUGCACCAAGGAGGAGAUCAAGGAGCUGACCCACAUGAUCCAGAGGCUGAUGGCCAAGGUGGAGAAUGCCAAGUACCAGAACUCCAAGCUGGGGGUGGCGGUGACCCAGUCUGAGUGGCAGGGUGAGGUGGCCCUUAGCGAUGACCACUGCAAGCUGGCCGAGCUGGAGGGCACCCUGCAGAAGGCCAGGCAGUACCAGGAGGUGAUGAACUCCAAGCUGGGCCUCAAUGUGAAGGCUGCCUCUUCUUGCCAACUUCUAGAUGGUGAGGAGCAGAGGCUAUGUGAUGGCAUCAGUGCUGUGAAUAUCUGUGUGAGCAGCUUUGGUGGGGUUGCCUGUGGGGGCCUCUUGGCCACCUGCACCUGCGGCAUCAGCUCCUGUGGGAUGGGGCCUGUGGCAGCAGCUGCAAGAAGUUGUGAGGAAUUAAAGGCAGCUGUGCAGAAACACACGCAGAGCCUGAAGCCCAGCAAGGAGGAUCUGAACAGGCUUAAUCAGGCCAUCCAGCGGCUGACUGUGGAGGUGGGCAGUGCUGACUGUCAGAUGAGAGACAUAAAAGGCUCUCUCUCAGCCAUCCUAGAUAUCCGGUUUCAAAUCUUCACCCUGAAGCCUCAGAGCAAGGUCUGGAUCCUUAAGGGGGAAGGAGUGAGGGCCAAGAAUGUCCUUCUGUCCUUGGUCUACCCUUCGCCCCCUAAGCCCUGUGAACUAGAGGAAGCCAAGGACCCACCAGCUCUGCAGGAGGAGGGUGGCUGUGGCAGCACCAAGGGCAAGCUGGCCUGGCUGGAGGCUGCCCUGCAGCGAGCUAAGCAGGAUGUGACGCAGCAGCUGUGUGAGUACUGGGAGCUGUGA